GCUAAAAUUGAAAACGUAAAUGAGUGAGACUUAUUAGUGUUUUAAAUCUUGUAAAUAAUGAGGCCAGUAGCAGUAGAUGAAAUUACCGGUAUAUGGAGUUAUUUGUUGACUAUCGAUUGGACAGAGACGUGGAUUCUUUGCUUACUAGGCUUCCACCUGCUGUGCUAUACCCUGAUCUAUAUAACUCGUAGGACAGGUGCUGCACAGGCUGUUCUCUUUGUCUUCAUGUUAAUGGUGGUAUAUUUUUCUGAAAAUAUUAAUGAAAAAGCAGCUGAACAUUGGAGGUUGUUUUCAAAGCAGCAGUAUUUUGAUAGUAAUGGGCUGUUCAUCUCUCUCCUGUUGUCUACACCUUUAUUGCUGGGAUGUAUGGCAAUUGUGAUGUUAUGGCUAUGGGAAGUGUCACAGUUAAUGGUCAGCCUGAAAACAAAACAAAUACAAAGACAGGCAAAGAAACAAGAGGCUGAACAAAAGGAAAAAAAGAAAUGAACUCCCAUGAAGUGAAAGCAAAGAGGAAAAGAGGAUAAAAAGGAAUACCCCAAAAAAGGAGUCAGUGUUAACUGUAAGAGGGAAGAAAGCAAAUCAGCUUCUUUCUGUUAUAGCAUUCCUUGAUUACAGUUGUGGUUGAACAGGUGGUUAAUGGAAGUGACUAAGAUGGACUCCUUUAACUGAUGGAGAGAAAUAAGAACAAUAAGCUUCCAAGAUUAUAAUGGUGGAGGGAAAGGAGGGGCUUCUAUUGCAGGUUAAAAAAGGGGGAAAAUUGGGGGGGGAGCUUUUUCAUGAUAAGAGGACAUUUUUUGCCACAGUGGGAUGGAAUGUAGACCACAUUUUUACUUAGAGCAGACCUUUUCCGUGAUGGAGGGGUGGUUCUCCGAACCCCCACCCCACCACCCCUGCCUACAGGUCUUCUCAAGAUCUUGUUAUUCAGGCCUACCCAACUACCAGACUCCGCACCUAAGGAUCCUGAAUUAACCGGUAUA